AUGGACAAAAGUCCUGAAAAUACAGAAGGUUUUGAAACACUAGAGCCAAAAGAUAUAACCAGAAGAUUGGCUGACAUGGCUAAAAAAUUAUUGCUGGUCUAUGUACAAUCUUUUGAAGAGCCGAUUGUACUGCAGUUGCUGGUGGGUCAUGACUCUGAUCAUUUCACAACCCCAGAAGGAGUACCUGGAGUCCCUGAAACAAAUUUUAAUAACCGUCCCAAUUCCUUCAAAGUACUCUCUCCUGCUCGUACAUGUGUGGUUUAUUACAGAGUUGAAGAAACAUUAGAAGAAACCGACAAUGACAAGUCAGCCAGCCUCACAGAGACGGAUAUAGGCAAUAAGAUGCACAGUAGCACUAUUUCAUUUGAAGGAGCUUCUUCCUCCGGAGAUAAAGGUGUUGGCCCAAGCAAGGAACUUACAGAAACUGAAGCUCUCUAGGAAAUGAUUAGGCAAAUGACUGCCUUCCAUUUUGGAUAGGAUAUCCAGCUCAUAUUGUACACAUGUAAUAUUAUCGUAUCGAUGGAACAUUAUAUGUAGAAGAUUACAAAUAUCAGAGACUGCAACAAAAAAUAAGGAGUCUUGUAUAAAUGUUCAGUCGAGUGUUUUAACCUUGGUAUGUAUAGUACUAGACGGUGUGAGUAUAAUGUAUGUUAGUUUUGCAAUUUUAUUUAUUUUAUUUUAUUUUUUCCUUC